GAAAGAUUGGGGAGUUUCAAAUGGGUCUGUGUCAUUCGAGAAUUGAUAAGACCACCAGGAAGGUAACCGGAGCAACAAGCACCGCCACUACUACUGUGGAGAGACAGAGCUCCGGGAGGCUGCGGAGGCCUAGAGAUUUUAAUGGCGGCGGCGAAAUCAAUGAGAUUCAACAAGUCGUGGGUCGGCUUGUUGGCAAUGGUUCUAGUGAAAUUGCUUGUCUUUACACACAACAAGGCAAAAAAGGAACUAACCAAGACGCCAUGCUUGUCUGGGAGAGAGUCCGAGAUAUGUUACCUUUCACAUUAUCAACUCAAUUGAAAACGACCUUAAGGAAGGAACAAAGCGGCUCCAAGAAUGGCCUUGAGUCUGCUACUUGUGUAGAUGAAGAGCAGUGGUUUGAGUUACAGCCAAACGAGAAGGAGGGAAAGCUAUUUCCAGAGAUGUAUCUCCCGUUGAAGCGGGCUUUGCUCAAGACUUGUCAACAGAUGGAUAAAGAUUUAAAAAUGCAUCCAACCAUCAAUUGUUUCUGCAGCGGAACAACUUCUGUCACUGUGAUCAAACAGGGUAAGGAUUUGGUGGUGGGAAAUAUAGGUGACUCGAGAGCCGUUCUUGCCACAAGAGAUCAAGACAAUGCUUUGAUCGCUGUACAAUUGACCACAGACUUAAAACCCGAUUUGCCAAGUGAAUCAGCAAGAAUCCAUAAAUGUAAAGGUAGAGUGUUUGCCUUACAAGACGAGCCUGAGGUUGCGCGAGUGUGGUUACCGAACAGCGAUUCACCUGGUUUAGCAAUGGCUCGAGCUUUUGGGGACUUCUGUCUUAAAGAUUACGGGCUAAUCUCUGUUCCGGAUAUCAACUACCAUCGCCUCACUGAAAGAGAUCAGUUUAUUAUUCUAGCCACAGACGGGGUAUGGGAUGUUUUGUCGAACAAAGAAGCUGUUGAUAUUGUGGCUUCAGCUCCUAAUCGAAACACUGCAGCUCGUGCUGUAGUCGACACAGCGGUUCGAGCAUGGAGGCUCAAGUAUCCUACUUCCAAGAACGACGAUUGUGCUGUAGUAUGUCUCUUUCUUGAAGACACUUCAGCAGCAGCAUCCGUGGAAGUUUCAGAAACGGUUAAUCAUUCACAUAAAGAGUCUACAGAGAGUGUCACUAUCACAUUAAGCAAAGAUUCUGACAAGAAGGAAGAGGCUUCAAAUGAGAUUGUACCGGUUUGGGAGAUAAAAGAAGAAAAGACGCUUGAGAGUUGCAGGAUUGAGUCCAAGAAGACAACACUUGCCGAGUGUAUAUCGGUUAAGGAUGAUGAAGAGUGGUCGGCGUUGGAAGGAUUGACUAGAGUCAACAGUCUCUUGAGCAUUCCUAGGUUCUUCUCCGGCGAGCUAAGAUCAAGUAGCUGGAGAAAAUGGUUGUGAGUAAACAAAACUCAAAAAUGAUCAAACAAACAAUCACUGAUUUUCAUUUCAUGAUUGGUUUUCUUUCCAUUGAUGACAUGCAAAUCGGUGUUAACAAAUGUCACAAAAUGUUCAUUGUUUCAUGAAGCGAGCGAAGUCAGACAAGUUUCUUGUGUAAGAACUUAUAAACGUUUUUGUCUCUG